AUGAACCUGACUAUCAACCUGAAGGAUGAACUACCGAUCGGAACACUCUGGCUGGCCUUCUCGAGAUCAAAACCAAUCAUCCAAGAUGGUCAUCGAUUGGAAAACCUCAGCUGGAGAUUAUGGCAACGAGAACUAAAGCAGAACAACAGUCAGAACUCUCAACCUACUCAUCAACUCCAUCAUCUCACUAGACCCACUACAGCCCAUAACACCUUCCGAUCAACACCUCACCAGCUAUCACCCCACCCACUAGCUCAAUCAUCACUCAUCAUCACUACCCACAUCAGCCCAUCAGCUUCCUUACACUCCACCAACAACUGGCUACUCUCUCCCCCAGCAACAGAGAACAACAACAACAACAGCCUACCUUCAGAUUCACGCUCAUCCUCAAGCUACUUCACUCUUCAACAACCAUCUCGACCCUCAAUCGACCAGCACUACAGCAGUGGCUCAAACACCUCCAGCAGCCUCGCUACCUCUCCAUCCAUCCAAGCCCCUCCUGAUAACCAUCUCCUCCAGGAUCAUAACAAACACAUCAAACAAACAGUCGAUCGUCCCAAGCAUACUGCACACAACCUUCACCCUCUCCCUCGAAGGGCUACCUCAUCCACCGCCACCUUCAAACACAAACGUCGCCCUCCCGUUCCCACCCGACUUCACUCCCACCAAUCCACUACUCGUUCAGUCAGUCCUCGUCUAGUCCAACCCUACUACUGCCGUAGAUCAUCCUUACCCUCAUCCUCCCCCGAACAAGUCCAAGAGCCCCCCAAGCCUCUCGAUCCAUCACACCCCACCCAGCUCAUCACCUCACCCUCCUCAGUCACCCAUCCUCAUUCAUCCCAAAACCAUCCACCUCAACCGUCGCUCGCCCAUGAUCCUGAUUCUCAGAUAACACUCAGCGCUGGCUAUAACUCUUCAGGCAGCUUGCCCAGCCUAGUCUCUCCAAUCAUACCCGAGACCCCUAAUAACUCACAGGUCUCAGCCCCAUUACCGACUCAUUAG